AUGCACAUCGUUACUGAAGUUCGGAGCUAUUCAAGGCGUAUACUGGUCGAGCCCUCGUUCGUCCGGUUCCUGAAGCUGUCGAGCACCAUCGGGUGGAACAACGUCCAGCCGCGCUCCAACAUGGCGCGCCUGAAGGACAACCAGAAGCUCGACCAGGCCACGCGCGACCGCCUCGCGCGGAUGAUCGGUGCGCACGAGGUGAACGGUAGUCCGCGUGCGCUUCUGCACACACAAUACGUGUCACUGACGCAGGUUCCUUCCCCCUCGCUCGCGCGUCAGAACGGCAUGGAGAGCCUCCCGCUUUGGAUCGGUGCCGUCCUCGCAGGGUAUACUACCAGCAUCCCGCACAGCACGCUCAACACGUUCGCCGUCGGAUACGUCGGCCUGCGCCUCCUGUACAACUUCAUCUACAUCAACCAGACCACCGAGGCUGUCGGCAACCUCCGGUCUAUGACUUUUGCUGGCCUUUCGCUUCCCUUGACUCUCCUCAUCAAGUCUGCAAACAAGGUCGCGGCGACCGGUUCUGAUUAUCUGUGCCCACUGUCUUGGAUGUACCUCCCUCUUUCUUGGCUUUAAUUCAACGUUUUCGCAUCUAA